AUGAACCAAAUUCGCGCCAUCCAGGCGCUCAACAAGAAGGAGAUCGAAGCCGGAAUCUCCCCCGAAGCCUCCUGGCACACAGACUACCGCGACACGGCCUUCGUCUACUUCGGCGGCCUGCCCUACGACAUGUCCGAGGGCGACGUCAUCACCAUCUUCAGCCAGUACGGCGAGCCGACCUUCCUCAAGCUCGUGCGCGACAAGGAGUCGGGCAAGAGCAAAGGGUUCGGCUGGCUGAAGUACGAGGACCAGCGCAGCACGGACCUCGCGGUCGACAACCUCGGCGGCGCGACGGUGGGGGACAGGCUCAUCCGCGUCGACCACGCGCGGUACAAGGCGCGCGACGACGACGACCCGGACGAGGGCAAGAUCGGGUGGGAGGACAUGAUGCGCCGGGAGAGGGCGGCGCGGGGGCUGGGCAGCGGCAGCGAGGAGGAAGAAGAAGAAAGCGAAGAGGAAGAGGCGCGGCGGCCGAUGCUCAAGGAGGAGAAGGAGCUGGCGCUGCUGAUGGAGAGCCACGACGACGACGAUCCCAUGAAGGCGUUCCUGGUGGAGGAGAAGAAGAAGGAGGUCGAGGAGGCGCGGAGGAGGGAGGAGAAGAGGAGCCAUCGGCAGAAGCACAGACAUCACCACCAUCGGUCGCACAGGUCACGGAGGGAAGGGAGUGAGGACCGGGACCGGGAGCGAGACCGGGAUCGGGAUCGGGAUACGAGGCGGAGGCGCACUGACGAUGACUCUGAGAGGAGACAUCGGUCGCGGCGAGACGAAACGCCUACUAUGGACGAGGACAAGGAGCACGGCAGAGAGUCUCGAAGGGAUAGGCACCGGCGUCGUGAUUCAAAGGACCGGAACGACGACCGAGAUGAGAGGGAACGCCGGCGGCGCGACAACAGCCAGGACAGGCGGCGGGACCAUGACAGAGAGAGGAGGCGGCAAGAUCGCAACGAUUCUGAAGAUGGCGACGGACACAGGAGUCGGAGGAGAGACCGGAGCAGGUCACCUCGCGCAUCACGAGACUAG